UUAAUAUGAAGUACACCUCUGGUAGAAACUAAUGUAAGUAUUCCUUCACUGUUUUGCAGGGUCUGUAGUGAAGAAUGGCUUGGAAAUGUGCAACUGCAUCCUAUGAGAGCUAUUUGAGGAAAGUUAUGAGUCAGUGUGACAGAGUGCCUAUAGAUGUCAUUCGCCCACUAAUAUCAAGUUUACUUGAAGACGGCGAGGAUUUACAAGAGCAGAGCUGCUGCACAAAAUGUUGUACUCCCUGGAAAGCAGGACUUUCCAGAUUCCGCCUUCUGAAGCGCCCCAAGAUGAGUCGGCUUAUUAAAGUCUUGCUGAGGAAGCAACGAAAAAAUGUGAAAAGGCUAAAGAAUAGUGAGAAGCUCCGACUCUCGCUCUACCGUACUCAGAGGAAUACCCUGGAAAUUGUGUGCUUGGUGUGUAAAGAGAAGUUUAAGGUAUAUUGCUCUCUACCUGAAGAUAUGAAGAAGUCAUUACCUGUGAGAGAGACAAGGAAAACAAUAGACAAAACUUUGAACGUUAGUAUGUUAACGGAUAAAAAGAAAAAGAAAAAGAAAAGAGUCAAAGAGCUGAAUGCUGGUUUGCUAAUAUCAUUACCAAGUAGUGAGCAUCAUACAAAACUGAAGAAAAGGAAACACCAAGAAGAGCUUGCAGGAGGCAAACCGCCAGGAAUAACGGAAAUAUCAUCACAACGAGAGAAUCUUAGAAACGGUAUUUCUGGGGAAAGCAAAGGUAACUCUAAUAUUGGCGAGACAUAUUUGAAAAAGGAUGUGGUUGAAAGGAUAGUUGACACUGUACCUGUUGAAAAGGUUUCAAAUGUUCCGAGUGGUUUAUUAGUGAGUGAAAAAUUUAAAACCAGGAGGAAGGAGAGAGACUUUUUGAAUAAAACAAUUAAGUUAAAAAUGGAAAAUGAUGCAGCUAGGGUGCUGAAAAAUAAAACUGCUCUUGGUGACUUUCUAUCAUCUUUGAUUUAGAGUGGUUGAAAGCUCAUAAUAUAGUUAUUAUUAUUUUUCAGAUUUAUAAUAAAAUUUACUUUCAUUGUAACUAAUGUGAAUUAUUUUCCAAUGUUGUUAAUUGAAGAACUUUGUAUAAAGAUAGUGUGUGUCA